AUGUCUGCUACAAGCUUUCGGGCAGCCUCUGGACGUGUCCAUCUCUUCAACCUCCACCCAGCUCAAGGCUCCCAGCACACACAAAAACGCCUCGGUCGAGGUCGUAGUUCUGGGUUGGGAAAGACUUCCGGUCGCGGUCACAAAGGCCAGAAGGCACGGUCAGGAAAUGGGAAACCAAAAGCAGGGUUUGAAGGUGGACAGACGCCUAUCUCGAAACUGUUCCCGAAGCGCGGUUUCUUCAACCAGAAUGGAAAGACAUACGCGCCAGUGAAUUUAGACCGCCUAGCGCAUUGGAUAGCUCAAGGACGACUUACGUCGAGUGCAGAAAAUCCUAUCACCGCACGCGAGCUGGUAGCGAGUGGAUGUGUCCAUAAUGUGCACGACGGCAUCAAGCUAUUGGGCGAUGGCGCUGAGCAACUAAACGUCCCUGUACACAUCAUCCCGUCACGGGCUUCCAAGAGUGCAAUCCAGGCAGUCGAGAAACUUGGCGGUUCUGUCUACUGCCAGUAUUACAACCGCCUUUCGCUGUACGACUGCGUCAAAGGGCGCGACGACCGAACACCAGCUGCUCCUACACGUCGAGAAGAUAUCAUGUGGUACACUGACUGGAAGAACCGCGGUUAUCUUUCACCCAUGAGCAUAACAAAGAUGCCCUUCGUAGAGGAGCGUUGGAAAGAUUUGUCGAGGCAGCUCACAGCAUUCCAGACAGAGAAGUUUGAAAAGAAAUAG